CGUCAUAUCUCCGCGCCGCCGCCGGAAGCGUGGUCGUGUACUCUACUGGGCUGAGGCCGAUGUGGCUCCGGCUCGAGAUGGUUCCCGGUGCCCGGGAGUGAGCGAUGCCCGGGCUCCUGUCUCUGGCCCACAGAGUCGGCCUGGCCGCCGUGCGCUGCCGUUGCUGCUGUUGCGGGCUCGGGAUGUUCUAUGCCGUCAGGAGGGGCCGCAAGACCGGCGUCUUCCUGAGCUGGGAUGAGUGCCGAGCCCAGGUGAACCGGUUUCCUGCUGCCAGAUUUAAGAAGUUUGCCACGGAAGAUGAGGCCUGGGCCUUUGUCAGGAACUCCACAAGCCCAGAUGGUUCUGAAGGGCAGAAAAAUAACCAUGAACAAGAAUCACAGGUGAAAGCCAGCAAGCGACUCCGGGAGCCAACGGAUGAAAAUGAAGAGGAAGGUGCAGAGCCAAGCGCAAAGCAUGUGAAGCAGAGCCCGGUGACGGCGCCUUUAGUUAGCAGAGACGCGUUUUCUUACUUAGGAGAAUUUGUUGUUGUCUACACUGAUGGCUGCUGCUCCAGCAACGGGCGGAGGAGGGCACGAGCAGGAAUUGGUGUUUACUGGGGGCCAGGACAUCCUUUAAACCUCAGCAUUAGACUUCCUGGGCGACAGACAAAUCAAAGAGCAGAAAUUCAUGCAGCCUGCAAAGCCAUUGAACAAGCAAAGGCUCAGAACAUCCAUAAGUUGGUUCUGUAUACAGACAGUAUGUUUACUAUAAAUGGGAUCACUAACUGGGUGGAAGGCUGGAAGAAGAACGGCUGGAGAACAAGUGCUGGGAAGGAGGUGAUCAACAAGGAGGACUUCAUGCAGCUGGAGAGCCUCACACAGGGCAUGGACAUCCAGUGGGAAAAAUAAAACUUUCUUUUACCAGAUGCACGUUCCUGGUCAUUCGGGAUUCACAGGCAAUGAAGAAGCGGAUAGAUUAGCAAGAGAGGGAGCUAAGCAAGCUGAAGACUGAAGUAAUUUUAGGACUUGGGAAGACCUGGCCGGAGGCUGUGGCGCGCGCCUCCUGGUAUGGAGCUGAGCCUGCAGGAUGCACCACUGCGUUCCGUGGGUGACACACCUCUGACUCACCAGGAAGGCUGGACUCGAGAUGUGGUGUGGUGAAAAGUGGUUACGUGUAUAAUAAACUAAACAGCUUUGAGAUCUGA